AGCCAUACCAUUCUCUCUAAGAUCAAUGGUUAAAGAAGACCUGUGAAGACAAACACGCAUAACCUGCAGAAGUCUGGCCAUCUCAGUAACACGCAUUUCACUCAUUAAUUAUAUUUAAUACCCGUUGAGAUUCAAUGAUGAAUUCCACCAUACAACCAUUGCAAAUUACUUUUCUUUGGAUAAACGUUCCAGAUGUUUUAUUUAUAAAUACACGAGCUGUUAUCUUACUCUAACCAUGCUUUAAAAAUCACUAAGAAAAGAAUGAAGCCGUAUUAUCAAAUUCAAUAAAUAAACAACUGCGCUAAAAUAUAAUUAAACCCACCGGAAUCUAGCGGGCCGCACUUUUUAAAAGCGGAAGUACGUCAUGACGGUUCAGCGCAAGUAGUGGGGUGUCAUUUUGGGGUUGAACGUUUUCCUGCUACUCACAAAAAUGAAGACGGAGGGAAAUGUAUCAAAUGUAGACAUCUGUAAUUUAGCUUACUCCGGAAAAUCUGAACAACUCAAACAAUGUAUUUUGUCUGACAACUCACUAGCGACGAAAAUAGACCAGGACAACAGGACUGCCCUGCACUGGGCUUGCUCCGCUGGACAUGUGGAUAUCGUACAGUUUCUGUUGGAUCUUGGAGUUGAAGUGGAUCCCAAAGAUGAUGCAUGUUGGACCCCUCUUCACAUAGCAGCAUCUGCUGGAAGAGAAGACAUUGUUGGAUCCUUAAUAUCCAAAGGAGCUCAGUUGAACUCCGUGAAUCAGAAUGGUUGUACCCCACUACAUUAUGCAGCAUCUAAAGACCGAUAUGAGAUAGCCCAGAUUUUGCUUGAAAACGGUGCAGAUCCUAAUGCAACGGAUAAACUGGAAUCCACACCUCUGCAUAGAGCAUCUGCCAAAGGCAACUACCGUCUCAUUCAACUUCUUUUGAAACAGAGUGCCUCUACCAACAUUCAAGACUCUGAAGGAAACACACCACUUCACCUCGCAUGUGAUGAGGAGCGAGCAGAGGCUGCAAAACUCCUUGUGGAACAUGGUGCCAGUAUCUACAUUGAGAACAAGGAAAAGAUGACGCCUCUAGAAAUGGCUAAAGGUGGCCUGCGAAAUGUGCUAAAACGGAUUGUAGAGGGCUGAUGACCACCAACAGAGCCAGAGCAGUGAACUUGCAGCUUUAAAUGAAGUUGACUUACAAGUAUGAUGAAUCAUUUCUUGAGUGAGCGGGUGUUUGGAAGAAACAAGGUAGAGCAAAGCAUCUGCUUUUUGGUGGAAGUUUGUAAAGGCACUUGCAAAAGAGAAAAAAUAUGUUUUAGUCUUGAUGAAUGAUAAAUGAUGUUUGACAGUUAAAAAAGCUCAUGACCUGUUUCAUUCAUUUUAUUGGGUAAAUGGGUUCUUCUAGGUAAUCCACUCUGCAAUAUGCUAUUGUUUAGUUUAGUCAUGAUUGCUUUAUUUCUGUUAAACCUAAUGCUUGUGUUGUCCUAGGUAAUUUAAAACUUAAUUUCUAGUUUUGUUAUCUGUGUGAAGGUCACAACACCAUAAUGUAUUAUUCCAUUGUGAUGCUUGCUAUUUGUUUUACAAGGAAAAUAAAUUAUAAUUG